CCACUGUCACGCUCGAAACCAUCAUGUCGCAGUCUGGUCGAGACCACGUAACUCAUCCUGGCCAGAGCCAAUCGACUAACCAUUCUCCACGACGUGCAACACCACCUCCUCCGGUCACGAAUGUCACGAAUUUUCUUCAAAAUCCGGAGUUUAUUCAAGGUUUGACUUCAUUGAUAGCUCGAGCCAUGCCUAGGAACUCGAGUACGAUACCGUUAUCGAUACCGUUAACCACUAACCCAACAGAACAUCCAACCCACACUCAUCAUGACCCUGAAACACAUGUGGCGACAUCACACGCCACGUCGCAGCCUCAUCAUACUUCUCCACGUCAAGAAGAGCAGGCCCAUGUAAUUGCUAAUCCCGUAACAAACAAUCAACUCCCGGAUCAGCCCCCUAUACAGGAGAUGACUGCCGAAAGCCAUUCUGCCCAUCACCAGAGAAUUUCGCCACGUCCUAGGCCCAUUUCGUCAGCACCUCACGCUCACGAAGAUUUACGACGCCAAAUUGAACAGAAUCGUCUUUCAAGACAUAGUGCACAGGAAAUUGAAACUCUUCGUAAACCUUUGGCUGAACUCGAGACGCGACAGAAGUCACAGGAAGACUCUCCCCGACAUGUCACGACGUCGGGAAAUGUUAUUGUUGAGGCAGAUUCUCCUUUAGCUCCCGAACUUACUGCGGAGGCGCUCCCUGUGAAAGUGAAAAUUCCACAAAUCGGUAUGUACGAUGGGACAUCAGAUCCAGAUGCACAUUUGGGCCAUUAUACGUCCUGGAUGGAUUUACAUGGUGCUUCAGACGCUCUGAGGUGUCGGAUGUUUUCGCUUACACUGGGGCCACGAGCUAAAAAAUGUCUGAUGUUGCUCUCAACCUCGUGUAGCUUUCAUAUGAUUGAAGAGCAGGAUGUUGAUAACCCCGUUGAGCCAAAUAAUUCAACUUCUGAUGUUGAAAAAACUGAUCAGUCCAUCCCGAAUACCGACAUACCUCAAGCGGAUACCGACUUGCCGCUUAUUAAUACCGACAUCCCUAUGACGUCGGUUUUGCCUAGAACAUUAACUGAAGUCCUUGAUCAAGAACAACCUUUGCAUGAAGGUGACAUAGCGAUGCAUGAGGAGAUAGAUCCACGGAUGCAGUUUAAAGAUGGGAAUCGUCAUGUCCGUGCAGAGCCAGUUGAAGAUGUCGAAGCCAUUUACGUGGAUGGAUCGACUCAGCAAAAACCGCUGCGCAUCGGGAAUAAUCUUCAAGAACCCAUUCGAUCAAAUUUAAUUCAAUUCCUACAGUUGAAUUCUGAUGUGUUCGCCUGGAAGCAUGAAGAUAUGAAAGGGAUUGACCCGCAAAAAGCAUGUCAUCGCUUGAAUAUGGAUAAAACUGUCAAGCCGGUCAUCCAGAAACGCCGGAAAUUUGGCCCGGAUCGCCAGAAGGCCCUUGAAGAGGAAGUAAAUAAGCUCAUAGACAAUAAAUUUGUUAAAGAAGCCAAGUACCCGACGUGGAUAUCAAAUCCUGUCUUGGUCAAGAAAGCCACCGGCCUUUGGCGUCUGUGCAUAGAUUUUUCAGAUUUGAAUCAAGCAUGCCCGAAGGACAGCUACUCCAUUCAACACAUUGAUUACAUGGUAGACGCUACAUUGGGACAUCAACUUAUGAGUUUCUUGGAUGCCUAUUCAGGCUAUAAUCAAAUUCCUAUGCACCCUGAUGACUCUGAACAUACCUCGUUCUACUCAGCUCGAGGCCUCUAUUGCUAUGUCAUGAUGACUUUCGGACUGAAGAAUGCGGGGGCCACGUAUCAGAGGUUAGUCAAUAAGAUGUUUGCUCGCUUGAUCGGCCAUACGAUGGAAGUUUAUGUAGACGACAUGUUAGUAAAGUCGGAACAGGCCUCUGAUCACAUCACCCACCUUUCCGAAGUCUUCGGUAUACUCCGAGAAUAUUCCAUGGUGCUUAACCCCAACAAGUGUACUUUCGGAGUUGGGUCAGGGAAGUUUCUAGGAUACAUGGUGAUUCAGCGAGGGAUCGAAGCCAAUCCCACCAAGAUUCAAGCUAUACUUGACUUAGCUCCCCCGGCAUCUAUCAAAGGUGUCCAAGCUUUAACCGGUCGACUGGCAGCCCUUAAUCGGUUCAUUUCAAAGUAUACAGAUCAUUGCAAGCCAUUCUUUGACGCUAUCAAAAAGAAGAAACCGUUCGAAUGGACCACAGAAUGUCAGUAUGCUUUUAACAACAUUAAAGACGUUCUCUUACGGUUACCGACGUUGCAGAAACCACUUCCUGAUGAACCUCUCUAUCUGUAUCUCGGUGUAAGUGACGUUGCCGUUAGUGUUGUUCUAAUACGACAAGAUGGGCUUCAACAGUUUCUGGUGUAUUAUGUUAGCAAGGCCUUACAUGACGCUGAAUUGCGAUAUCCGCAUAUGGAGAAGUUAGCCUUUGCCCUGGUCAUCGCUGCACGGAAGCUGCGCCCGUAUUUUCUAGAGCAUUCAAUUAUUGUGUUUACGACAUACCCUCUCCGACAAGUUCUCCACCGACCUGACACGUCGGGAAGAAUGAUUAAGUGGGCAAUAGAAUUGGGGCAGUUUGAUAUUCAGUACCGACCACGAACCGCUAUCAAAGCUCAA